UCACAGUCACAACUCAUUCCAGAUGUUUUAAUCAAAUCAAAAGCAAAUCGCCAUAGGUCAGUCAUCACGAUUAGAUCGGUCUUCUGUCGUAUCAUCUCGGUUGUAUUAAGCGAGGUACACAGAAGGAGCCCUGCGCUUUGAUUCUCUUCUUCCCGAAAGUGAAAGUAAAGCUCAGGUCGCUGGAGCGCGAACAGUGAAAAUGGCGUCACUGAAUGUAUCAGCUGAAGAGCUUUCUUGUCCCGUUUGCUGUGAAAUCUUCAAGGCUCCUGUUAUUUUAUCAUGCAGUCACAGUUUCUGUAAAGAGUGUCUUCAUCAGUUCUGGACAACCAAGAAAACCCAGGAGUGUCCCGUCUGCAGGAGAGACUCUAAACACGAUCCACCGGUUAACCUUGCGUUAAAAAACCUGUGUGAGUCGUUCCUGAAGGAGAGAAACGACAGCCUUUCGUCAGAGUCUGAGGAGAUCUGCAGUUUACACAGUGAGAAACUCAAACUCUUCUGUCAGGAGGACAAACAGCCGGUGUGUUUAGUGUGUAUUAACUCACAGAAACACGACAAUCACACAUUCAGACCCAUCGGAGAAGCGGUUUCCUCGUAUAAGGAGGAGCUCAAUAUAUCACUGAAGUCCUUACAAGAGAAUCUGAAACAUUGUGAAGAAACGAAAGAAGAGUUUGAGAAAACAGUUGAACACAUCAAGUCUCAAGCUGAGCACACAGAGCGUCAGAUUAAACAGCAGUUUGAGAAGCUUCAUCAGUUCCUCAGAGAUGAAGAAGAAGCUACAAUCACUGCACUGAGAGAGGAAGAGGAGCAGAAGAAGCAGAUGAUGAAGGAGAAGCUGGAGGAGAUCAACACACACAUCUCAGCUCUUUCACAGUCAAUCAAAGACAUGGAGGAGAUGAUGAACGCUAGUGACGUCUGCUUUCUGAAGAAGUUCCCAGUCUCGAUGGAAAGAGUCCAGAUCUCAUCACAGCCGGAUCCACAGACUCCUUCUGGAGCUCUGAUUCAUGUGCCACGAUACUUGGGCAACCUGCCCUUCAGAGUCUGGAAGAAGAUGCAGGACAUCGUCCAGAACACUCCUGUGAUUCUGGAUCCAAACACGGCUCAUCCAGAUCUCGUUGUGUCGGAUGAUCUGACCAGUGUGAAAUACAGCGGGAACAAACAACCUCUUCCUGAUAAUCCAGAGAGGUUUGACAUCUAUGACUGUGUCCUGGCUUCAGAGGGGUUUAACUCGGGAACGCACUGCUGGGACGUGGAGGUUAAAGAGAGUUCAUGCUGGAGUCUCGGAGUCACUACAGCUUCAAACCGGAGGAAAGGAGGUGAUUUCUAUAACAAUGAUGUCUGGAGUGUGCGAUAUGGACAGUUUGAGCAGGAUCUUGAGCGUGUGAGAGUGUAUCUGGACUAUGACAGAGGAACGGUCUCAUUCUCUGAUCCUCUAACUAACACACAUCUACACACAUUCACUAACACCUUCACUCACACACUCUUCCCAUUCUUCUAUUGUGAUUCCUUUCAGUCGUGUUCUUCCUCUCUGAGGAUCCUGCCGUUUAGUUAUUAUUAAAUGUUACUCCUGUAGGUUUGGAUCAUCCUGCUUUCAUCUUUUACAGUCAUCAUGUUUCCAAUAUUUAAUCUAAAUCACAGUGCUGAUGAUCUGAAUAUCAAUACGGAUGUGACUGGGCCGUGUUGAUCACAACACAUCAAUAAAUAAAAUAAAAAAAUAUAAAAUUUGAUACAAAUAAUUACAUUUUCAUUUAUAUUCCACUUUACAUGAUUAGACUGAUCAUUUUAGCAUUUUUUUUUUCCGGCAAAUUGCCAUUUACCUAAUUAUUUAAAUGAAGCGUGUCUGUUUGUUAUUGUUAAUUAUUUAUACAUGUAAUUAUUUCAGAACAUAUUAUAAUAAUCUCUUGAAGUGUCUUCUUUUUUUUUUUAUUAAUGUGUGAUUGUGAUUUCAGCACCAUUUUUAUUAUAAAAUCUAAAAUGUUUGACUAUGAUAAAGUUUUAUGUCACAUGUAGUAUACAUGCCUGAGCCUGCUCUUCCCUCCACCAGCCACCUGAGGGAUUCCUCUCCCAAAGUUUGACUCCUGCCACACCUGAAUCUCUUUCUCCACCAUUACUCAGUUACUCUUGACCAAGGUUCCUCUAAUCUUGUCCUGGAGGGCCAACGCGCUGCAGAGUUUAGCUCCAACCUUGAUCAGACUCUCCUACCUGUGAUUUCUAAUGGUCCUGAAGACAUUAAUUGGCAUGUGCAGUUGUGUUUGAUUAGAGUUAGAGCUAAACUCUGCAGGAAAGUGGAUCUCGUGGGCCAGAUUUAAGGAUCCCUGCUCUAGACUGUCUGGUUCAUUCAUUUUUUGCAAAGUCUUGCCAAUACCUGUAUUGCAAUUAUGAGCGGUUUCCUUUGUAUUUUGGACCCACCUUGUGUUUCAACUCCUGCCUAUUUAUUCUGUGCUCAUGUUUCUGGUUUGUGUUCUGGGUUUACUGUUUGGACAAUAUCAUUUAUUUGGUUCGGACAACCCCCUGCAUAGGAUGCACAGUGUGGGUGGCCUGAGGACCCCCUUGAAACCAAAAUCAUUGAGGCCUCAACUGCACCCUUCAGUCUGAACUUGCCAGAUGGGAUGAGGAGAUGUCUCUAGAUCAGUUUAUUCAACUCUCAGUAAAGAUCUCAUCCCUACUUGCACUGCUCUUGCCUCCUCUAAUCUCACGGUCCCCCCUCUACAUCUGAACUUCUAGCUCCCGAAGCUAUGUAACUAGGCGGCACUUGCCUCGCACCAUUUGAGAGGGAUUGCCGCUUUUUGCCUGGGAUUGUAUUUAAUGUGGGGAAGGAGAACACUUCCUGGCUUCUUUCUCCCACCGACAAUCUGAGCCAGCACUGUGAAUUUUCUCAGAAAUUGCCUUAUUUUUUUGUGCUAUAACUGUAAUAAAACCACUCU